UAUUAAAUCUAAUAUUUCUAUUUACACUUGGUCUGUCAAUUAUAAAUAUCAAUACUAAAAAAAGAUUACAGAAAUUCCCGUUUUGACAGAAGCCUCUAGGACUUUUAGUUUAGUACUACAUAUAGCCUAGUUUCUUCUCAGAAAAAGACACUUCUCGACUGUGGGACUCUCAGCUAGCCAGUGCCAUGGCCACAGACAUCCGUGAUAAAGAUGUGAUUUAUCACUUAAGAGAUAAAAAUAAAGAACUAGUGACUGAAUGGGCAACUAAGUUUCAGCCAUACCAAGACAAUGUCAAGCCAUCGGUAGGCGAUAUAUUUCUCGGUGCACCUGCGGUUGAUGCUAUUGUUUGUCCAUCCAACAGUUUUGGUGUGAAUGGUGGUGGAGGGAUAGAGAAUCAAAUCUACAGGCACUAUGGUCUAGGAAUACUAGAGCAACUCCAAGAAGUGAUAGAGAAUGAGUUCGAGGGAGAAAUACUUGUGGGUCAAGCAGUGGUUCUGUCAGGAUUAGAUCGAACAACAAGAAACGAUAAAUCUGAUUGGUCGAAAAUGAAUGAUGGGAACCUGAUCAAGUUCCUUAUCGUAGCGCCAACUAUGAGAAUUUCACAGUCCUCAAGGUCAACACCCAACGCCUACUUAGCAUUUAGGGCCGUCAUAUUAGCUGUCAGAGAACACAACAGAAAAAACAAACAAAAUAAAAUUACCAGAGUCUUAAUGCCUGGAUUGGGAACCUCUGGAGCUAAAAUGCCACCCCAAAGAUGUGCAAAACAGAUGCUGGAGGCGUAUGAGACCUUUGCUGUUGGUCUACCAACUAAAAAAUUCCGUCUAAGACCAUCAAGUCACACUGAGAUGCUUAGAGAUCAUAUCUAUAUGUGUCUGGACGAAAAAGUUGAAUCAAAAAAAGUGCCAAACUUGUAAUCAUGUCAAGUCCAAGAUCAAGUCAUUACAACUUUCACAUCACUUUUUCUAUUUUGUCUAUUGUGUAUCAGUCACUUUAUUUAUUCUCUCUAUACACUUGUACAUAUAUUAGUUUAAAACCAUAUCUUUUCAUUUCAUGUUUACAGUACGUCUGUAGUAUAAAAUUGUUUUUAUUUAUAAGUCACCUCAAGUGGGUAAAAUUUGUGUUUCUUAUUGGAUAUACCCUGCUUUAUGACCAAAAUAAAAUCAAAAAGAUUAUAUAAAAUAAAGUAUAAAACCUUUUUAACCAUUAUUAAGAAAAAAUGGACUAUGACCUAUAUAAUAUCACAAUAAUGUUUGCUUUUGUUCUUCAAAAAUACAUUGUACGAAUGAAGCGGUAAAUUCAUUGAAGUUCAUAAACGCUACUUUUCCAUCUUAUCGCUAUGAAAUAAAAGACAAUAUGAUGUGGAUUUUUUUUUUUAGUUACACAAUCCCUUUUUUAAAUUUUUGUAUGGCAUCAGUUGAUUUCAGUUUUCAAAUAUCUUGUGUAUAUAGGCCUAAAAAUAUGCCUGUUCCUUUUACUGGAAGCACUUGAGAUAGUUAAUCCAUGGACUCAACGCUUCUAGUAAUGCCACGUUUCUCUCUCAAAAGUUACGGUCUGCGGCUUUUUCUGUGCACGGGCCAAAGGUUUGGAGCUAACUCCCCAUCGAUCUCAGACAGACAGCAUGCUUCACUACGUUGAAGAAGAACACUAAGACCUAUCUGUUUAAAACUUGUUUAGAUUAGUCUAUCAUUUCAGCUCUCCUGUUUAUGUUCGCAAUGAUAUCAAAGCACCUUGAGCCUACAUCAUGUUUGUUAACAGCGCUAUAUAAUUUAUGUUACUAAUAUUGUUAUUAACUUUGUUAUUAGAUAUCUUUUCCCAAACAGUUUUUCUUUGUCUUGAUAAGCAUUUAAUGUUUUUACAAUUAAUUAUUGUUCUGGGGAACUAGAGGUGAAGCCCAUCUUUGCAUGGAAACUACAAAGACAGUUUUUAGAAACAUUAUAAACAACAUAGCUACACAGAAAAGAUUGUAAAGCAUUUAGUAUAGUAAUCAAAGUAGAAGACUUUUGAAACGAAUUUAUUUGUGUAACGUUAUUGAGAUAUUUGCGUAACUACAACACUAUGUACCAUUUAUAAUACUUCGAGUGGCUUUUACAAUUAAUCAAUUCGAAAUAAAAGUAAAAAGAAAUAUUUCACUUUUAUGUGGUUAUCUUUCUUUAAGGUUGUCGCUUCUUGAUACUAAAAAAAAUGUAUUGGUUUUAAUAGCCAAGUAGAAAUGCAAUAUGGCUUAUGUAUCAGUCAGUGUAAAACAUUUGUAUAGACAAUAAACAUUUGCCGUUUUA